AUGAAGCCCGGUUCUCCGAACAAAGCUAACUGGAGGAGGUAGGUGCUGGCCACACCUUCUUCUGGAGCGGUCGUCCCAAGACAGAGUGAAGAGACGCGGGCGUCGUGUGACGACUGCCCUAUCUGCCGCAGAACAUUAACGAUCGUCUGGUGACCUUCGCCUGCCCCUCCAGGGAGGUGAAUCUGCCAACGUCGUCAGUGUCUACGCUCCCCUAAUUACCAGCCCGACGAAGAGAGAAACAAAUUCUACACCCUGGCCGCCCUUCUGGCAGCUCCGCUGAAGGCGGGCAAGUUGAUUGUCCUUGUGCCCGUGUCCGCACAGACCGUGCUACUUGGAGAGGAGUGCUGAUUCCCCAUGAUUUCGAUGGCCAUAAAGUCAAUGGCCUGCUCCUCCUAUCAACCUGCGCAGAACACCGGCUCAUCCUGAGAAGGCCACCUGGAUGCACCCUCGGUCGAGACACUGGCACCCGCCGGACUAUGUCCUCACCCGGAGGCGAGACCAGUAGAACGUGCUGGUGAGAAAAGCGAUUCUGGGUGCUGGCGAGCGGAUCGACCAUCGCCUCGUCAACUCCGAGAUGCGGAUUUGUCUGUAACCUUGAUGGAGACCUCAAGUUAAGCGAGCCCCAGGUAAGCUGAAUAUUGUUGUUUUUUCCAUCUCACCACCUCCAUUUCAGCAACAAGCUAGCUCAACGGCUAGUCAACGCUCCAGUCGCUGUCGUCGCCGCCGCCAUCGAGGAGACACCGUGGAGAACCCAUGGUGUCAACUGUGGGACACAGUGCAGUCGACGGCACUGGCUGACCUCGGUCGCGCACGUCGCUGACGUCAGGACUGGUUCGAUGAAAACGACGCCGUCGUCAACAACACACUCGCCACGAAGAACCGCCUACAAAAGCUUACGUAAACCGCUCCACCAACGACAAAAAAGCGGUCUUCUACUGAAGUCGCCGCCUUAUUCAACAGAGGCUGCGCGAGAAGCAGGACACAUGGACGGCCCGCAAGCUGCGGACCGCAACGAAUGGAAGAAUUGCUUCUCUACGAUAAAGGCUGCCUACGGUACGCCAAUCAAAGGAACUGCUCCUCUUCUCAGCGUGGACGGCGGUACCCUACUCACCGAGACGGCACACGUGCUACAGCGUUGGGCCGAGCACUUCCAAAGCGUCAUAAACCGUCCCUUUACCAUCUCGGAUGUCGCCAUCUUCCGUCUGUGUCAAGUGGAGAUUUACUUCGACCUCGACCUUCCGCGCUUUCUACACGAAAUCAUCAGGGCCGUAAAGCAGCUCUCUAGCGGGAAAGCGCCUGGAUCGGACGCGAUCCCCGCUGAGAUCUACAAGCACGAUGGUCGCCACCUUAUGGAUCAUCUGACGGCGCUCCUCCAGGAGAUGGAACGUCAAGGAGUCCCACUGGGUUUCUGGGACGUCACAAUUAUACGCCUCUACAAGCGGAAAGGAAGUCAUCAAAUCUACGGCAACCACCCUGCUAAACAAUUAUCGGAGCACAUGCCGUGA